AUGCGUAAGAAACGUUGAAGUUUUUUAUCUCUCUGCACCUACUCCAUUUCAGAAUAGUGGUUUAAGUAGCAACAUUUUAGCCAACUAUGGUGUGAGUAGUGCUUUAGAAUUGCUGUGUUAUAGACAAACCUGUUGAAUAUUUUAGACAGAUUAUGUCGCCUAAUCUAAACAUUUAACAUUAAAAGGGGAAAGCUAAUGAAAAUAUACUACAGAUGCAGGAAGUAAAACAACGAUGUAUUGCUGCUCAGUUAGUAUGAGAUGAUAAAGCCUGUUUAAUGUCGUUUAGACAAACAAUUUUUGAAAGAUGAGAAGAUAAUGAGAUCCAUUUUGUUUAUAAACAGAGAUAGGCUAACACGUUGCUAAACUCAGGAAAUGAGAUAUUUAUUUGAUAAAUGUCCUCAGAUUCCUAAAUCUGUUAAUGUUGGUAACAACGUAGAACGUGUCCAAAAUUCGAAGAAUAUUGGACAGGUCGGACAAGUGGACUCCAAAAACAAUACGUGCACGAAAGUUGAGAUGAACAAUGAAGUAAAAUGAGAAGGAUUUAUGUAAAGUGCUAUCAUUAAGGCAACGGAUAGAGGCGAUGGAACUUCACCACAAUAUCACGACUAGCAUACUGCAUAAAAAGGGGAAAUCUAAAAAGAUAACGAGCCAAAAACAAAAUAUUCUAGGUAAAUGUAAAUAAAAGCGACAAAAACUUUUCAGAGCAACACAAUGAGGUCGUUUACACAGGUAUGUAAGUGAACAAAGCUGAUCAAGAUAACAAUGUGAAGAAACAAAAAUUUCAUGCAUUCCUUCCAGAAAACACUCUGUUUCUACAAACUGAUAACACUAGGAGCACCAUAUCUGGAAAUUGCACAUUUUUGCGUUCUUUUUGCUAUAUACAGAGUUGAUACACUUUUGGCUCAAGGUUGCUAUAACCCCGUCUCCAGGAGACUGCUUCAAGAGAUCUUAACCAGCUGUGAAAAACGUGUCUUCUGAAUAUCUGUACGUCCAGACCAUUUGAAUAACUCCUCUCAUGAUCAUUCAAACUAGUGCAUGGCAAUAGGGGCAAGAUUAACCAAAUGCUUAAUUAUUAAAUCUAUCAAUAAUUUUACACAAAGGUGUAAGAAUCGGGCGUUGCUCUCGUUGUCGAAUCAUGGAAAACUUAUGUUUGCAUGGUUGUUCUGUCAGAAUCAGGCGUUGAAUAGGGAUAAAAAAUGAGCAGUUUGAUUUCGAAAAUUUUGAAAAUCAAAAUGACUUUGACUUAAUAUUAAAACGCGAUCCGAGCCGUAUUCAGAAAACAAACGGACAGAUGUCGUUAACGAUGUACUAAGGUUUUGGUUGGUAAAGUUUUCGAUGCGUCCACGAAGUUGAAAAGGCUCUUUAAGUGGCUGGGUUAUAAAGUUUGGGGACUUCUAAGAUGGUGUCGCAUUACCAGGGGUAACAAUUCACAUGUCAGCCGAUCCAGUUGGAGAAAUUAGUUCAUCAACUAAAACUGUGCAUAGGCGCAUUUCCUAGUUUAAUUUCAGGUAACUCCGGUCACUUCGGAUAAGAAAAUUCUCUUGCAGCUAAUGCGAGGUCCAAUAUUUUAAUCCGCAGGUUGAUGACAUAAAUAUACUUAUGUCAUUAUAACAUCAAGCCUGGCUCUAAAUGUCUAUACACUCUGCAAACGAAAGGUAGUCGUUGGCGCACUUUGGUAGGCCACUGAUAUACACAUGAAAAAAACGGAGAUCUAAGAAUGUAAUCGUAAGGGAAUUUGGUAUAGACUGGUGAAUAGAACGACGUAAGUGAUCAAAUACCUCGCGUGAAGGACGGUUGAUAACUGCAUUAUCGACCUGCAAAACUUACGCUUUAAAAGCACCAGUUAGCGUAACAGUAGAUAUAUAUGGUCGUUGGCGUCUUGCCAAAGUUGCAGUUGUGCUAUUAAAGGCACUUUAAUUGCAUGUAAACUUAAACCUUUUAAAUCUAAAAUUAAGCUCUAUUUAAGUCAAAUUCCAAGCUGGAACUACUAAUAAUCUCGACAAAUGAUGGCUUUUUGAAUAAUUAAUCCCAUAUAACAGUGCUGCUGCUGACAAAGUCAUUUUGCAGCCAACCAAACAAAAACCAGCUGUUGUAAUUGAAUUUGCCCAGGUUAUUUUCCUCUGAGUUGCUAGCUUCCUUAUUGUACAUAGAAAUUUGCGAUUCUCACUGACAUAGGACACGCGAUAACAAAUCACACGGAAAGGCAAGCGUAGUAUUCGAAAAUGUGCACCUUUGACAGUAUAAACAGAUCCAGGUCAGCCAGCUGACGUAUGGAAAGGCUGGUUAUGAGUUGUGAACAUUGAGAAAGCAAGAUUAUAGUUUGAAUUUUGUCUAAUUUUCAGAAUAAUAUUGCACCCUAUUCUGAAACCAGUAGAUCUACGCGGCUGUUAUAUUCGCUAAUUAGUGGAGCAAUAAAGUCCACAAGUCUAAACCAAGUAUCACUAAUUCACAGCUUACAUAUCAGCAUCCACUGGUUUUUAUAAUUGUCUACGACAAUAACCUUGCCGUUCGAAAAAACAGAUAUUAUAUUAUUGAAUGCCAGGUCUGUUAUAAACGAAACGGUCCAAAUUAGAGCCAUUGUUCUCGAAACGACGCCUGAUAUUACAUUUAUGACAGAAUCUGAGUCUCAUUCUCUAAUUCAUGACUCUACCCUUCUCAUAAACGACUUCAAUUUUUGACGUCAAGACCGCGUAACAAGGCGUGGGGCGGUUAUUUUCUUCAUAUUAGGUCUUACCUAAACACUCUCCCUAUUACCUGUUUGCCCCCUUAUUCACGGGUUACUUCUACUUUGCGUCUUUUAUUCUUCUGCCGCAAAGAAAGGCAAGUAUUGGCUGUAUCUACAAUCCCCCAAACUCUUUGGCCAGUCCACCAUCGUAACCGCCUAUGCUUCUCCAAAUAUAAGCUCUGAAGAUGUGAGGAACAAUUUCUACUAUGACAUGAUCAUCAGCCUGGCGACUGUGACAAAGACAGACAAGCUGUCUUUCUUUGCCAACUUCACUGCUCACGUCGGGUCAGAUUAAUCUGCUUCGGAAGAAGUAGUGGGUCCCCAUGGGAUCGGCGACUGCCACGAAAGCGAACCCCCUGUUGAAAACCUGUGCAAAACACCACCUCUUGCUGUACAACACCUUCUUCAACCUUACAGUGAGCGAGAAGAGCACCUGAAUGCGCCAAAAACGUGGCGCUGGCACCUGCUUGACUGUGUUCUCGUUUGGAGGCGAGACCGUUUUCACGUGCUGAUGAAAAAGACUGUAUUUGACGAUAUAGGCUAGACGAAUCACCACCUUGUAUUCUCCGAUCUGAUUUCGGCUAAAAAUUCGCAGGAGGCCACAAGGUAAGCGACCCGCAACCAUGUUAAACACGGUGUGGUUAGUGUGUUACCUCACCACAUAGAUUUCAGCAGUCAACUGACAAUAAUCUGGAUGAACUGCAGGCUUUGGACGACACCAUCACCAUGGAGAGACAGCGGCCCUUAAUUGGACGUCAUCCAAUCCACCACCCCGGAUAUCUUCUUUCGCUCACGUCGUCAUAAUCUGAAAUCGAUUUCCCGAGAAGAACAGGCUGCACAAAGCCUCCAUCUGCCGUCGGACUGAUAAAGACAAUGCUGCCUUAUUUGCGGUCGAGGCCUGAUGAAAUAAAUACAGGUGAAGACGCAAAACCCAUAGAUGGAUCGGGAGGCCGAGAAAAUCUAAGGAUAGGCGAACCGCGACUGCUCAGCUCCAGCCGAUAAAAACUUAUCAAGAAACGUCUCAGAUUCUGAAGUGCUGAACAGAGCGCCUCAAAAACAACCUUACCCCGUCAUCCGACGCCGCCAUCGGCUGGCUUCUCAAAGUGGAGACCAACACCGACACUGAUCUUCCGCGUCCCCUGUCAGAACCAAUCAAAUCCGCGCAAGAGCUUCCCAAUGAAAAUGCACCGGCAUCCGAUGUCAGCCCGCCAACCUCUGCAGGCAUGGCGGCUCUUGACUGAUAAACAAACUGCCAAUGUUAUUUCAGGAUAUUUGGCGGUAAGGCCAAAUCCCCUGAUACUCCAAGGACCCAUAUUCGUCCGUCUCUACGGUCGCAAGGAAACCGGCAAUGCUGCGGUGAUAACAGAGGAAUCUCGAUGCCCACCGUUGCGGUGAAAAUCCCGGUAUUAUCCUUCGCAAUCGCCUCAAUAGCCACCUGUAACAAGAACUUCUCACGAAUGACAAAGUAGAUUCCGCGGUAUCACGGUCUCGUCAGUAUGACGUUCCCAGCUAAACAACCGCAGGAGAAGUUCCUCAAAAUGAACACAAUGCAUUGACUAGAUGUUUAACGAUGGUUUUUUGAAAAUUAUACUGACAUUCGACUGUUCUGGACGACUCACGCCCAUAGUGCGUCAGAUCCACAACGAGCUGAUGACUCAUGUCACGGGCAGUGAGAGAGUUUCUGAAAUAUUCUUAGUAACCAGUGGAGGACAGUCGUUCUGUGCGCUCGUGCCCAUCCUCUUCAUUCUCAUUUUCUCUGCAAUGAUUAAGGACGUCUCCCGUAAGGAGCGCCCUGGGAUCAGCAUCCUCUGCAGGGCCAGCGGUCAAUUUCUCAAUAUCUAACGCAAGCAGGCCUCAAAACGUCUCUCCACGACAGCCGUUUACGACCUACUAUUCGCGGAAAACUAUGCGCUUAUUGCUGUCCGCCAUCACGGUCAUCAGUUCCAUCGUUAACCCAAGCUGCCUUAGGUCCACAUGGAAUGCCUUGGAUCUGAGGCUUUUUUAAACCCAAAACAAACUCUGAAUUCGCGCUCUUAGACUAAGCAGACAACCAAAACCAAGAAAGCCAAAGUGCAGCCGAAAUAGAUGAGUCUGGUUUAGGUUUUUUUGCUGUGUUCAAUUGAUAAUUUUAUUUAAUGCCAGUUUACAGGCAUUGUCAAGGGAAACGUUAAACACAAAUCUGACCAGCAGCGAAAAAAAACUCCUGAGGUAAAGGAAUAAAAAUAUAGUUGAUGAUGGUUUUUAUGGUUUGGAGGGUUCAGUAGAAAAAACUUCUGGCGGCAUACAAGAUCGAGCUUUGAGGAAUCCAUGCUGAGCAGCUCUCAGUAGGUUAUUCUCUGUUAAGUGACAGAAAUGAGACUGACAGUGCCCAAGAGGUGCUCUAAUAAACCUAUUCUAUUAUAAUGCCUAGCGAGUAAUUCGUACGCGAGCGUGACUUGGUCCUCGGCUUGCCACAGCGUGACGCCGAUUGAUAUUUCUCUCUUCACCGAUUAGCCGCAGCUGGUCGAAGCCCAGAUGCACUCAUUACGGUUGGCAGUGGCUGGCGUGGUGACCAGCUGCAACUGCUUAUUGAGAUGUCUGUACACUUUUUCGUCUCAACAAAUUUUAUCCUCCAAAGUAUUUUCCCCUAUCUGUGGUUUGGGAAACUUUGAGUUGUUGACAGUCGUACUUCGGUACGCUCAACAGAACGACUGAGGCGGGUAUUCAACGGGGCAUAUCCCAUUCUACUCUCGUCUGUCUCCACUCCAGGCUGACCAUAAGAACGGUUAAUUAAUUUCACUUCAGUUUAUGAGGGAAACGUAGGUGUUGAAACUUUGAACUCCCUGUUUGUUACAAGGAAGCCAAUUAUAUCAAAAAUGUAAGCAUUAAAACAUCAAACGGUUACAGAAUUUCUUUGGAACCUGUCAGAUAAACGAAUUGUUGCAGUUGAUAAAAACAUUAAAAUUACUAAAUGUACUAUGCAAUGGUCAGUUUAUGCGUAUUUCUGCUGUAGAAUAUUGGGGCGAUUUCAGUUUCUGUAGGAGGCGAAUUGAUUGCGAAUAUUCACAUUAAAUGGACACGGGACAUAAUCAACUAAAAACAAACAUUGCUGAAAUACAGGCAGUAAUAUAAUAACAUCAAUGAACUGCCAGGACGAAACGGUAAGACAAUAUCUGCCAGAUGACAUCAUGAUGUUCGGUGGUAAACUGGUCCAACUGGCGCUUAAAAGCCUCGACGGAUGUGGACAUGACGAUAUCUGCAGGCAAAGCAUUUCAAGUCUUGACCGCUCUGUUGGAAAAAAUAACUUUCGCAUGUCCGGUCUGGAGCCAGUCAUGCGAAGUUUAAUUGGAUAACCUCGAAAGUUCGCUGUGGUUGCUAUAUCCAAGAAGUCAGCAGGUAAUAGACAGCGGUAGUGACCGCGCAUUAUACGGAAUGUUUGUAUCAGGUCCCCUUCAGCUGUCUGCAACUCAGAGGCAAAAGGCCGAGAUUGGAUAACCGUGUUACGUUGGGUAGUGAACCCUGUUCAUUAACGAGUUUGGUUGCCUGACCUUGAACUUUUUCAAAAAUGCUGAGGCCCUUAGAGGUCCGAGGUUUCCACGCUUGAAUAAUGAAAUCUAACUGUGGCCGUACAAACAUCCGAAAGAGUUUAGUGAAACAAUCCUCAUCGAAGGUAGAGAAAGCUCGCUUCACAAGAUAAAGGACUGAUAUCGCAGACUUGGCUACCUCGAGCAAUGCAGCGACGGUUUCAUUGAAACCGUGACCCUCACGGCCAAGUCUUUCUGGGCGUCUACCGCUUGCAAUGGUACGCCAUUUAGGUGGUAAACCCUCCGGCUCGGAGAUCGGAUCUCACCGACUCGCAAAACAUUGCACUUAGUCACAUUAAACGGCAAAAGCCAGUCCUGUGACCACUUCUCGAGUCAGGUCGGGUCUGCCUGCAGUCGCCCUUACCUAGGUUCCUCUAGGCUUUGUAUGCAUUUAUCGACACAGAGCUCCAAGGUGAGAGGGAUUUCCUCCAUAACCUCCGUUUUUAUUGACUUCUUUUUUAGAGCUUAUAUUAGCCAUGGGGUCUGCUGUUCAGUUUCUUUCAGGAAAUAGGACAGUGGUCUCUGCGAUGAAUGUUCAAUAGCUCAGUAAACCAGUCUCAGUCUUUGAUUAUGUCACCGGAAAAAGCUGAUUCGCAGUUUAUGGUGUUUAGUUCAGCUUUCAUUUGACCAAAGUCGCCGCGUCAAAUGUUCCUUCUAACUCUGGUGGCUUGUUCAUACAGAGAAAAGGUGGAAUACUCUCAAGACAGUACGCCGUGAUCGCUUUGACCUAGGAGAGGUAGAUACUGCAGCUCAUCAAUGCUGUCCAGCGAUUUCGUAAGGAACAUAUCUGGGCAGUUUGACUGUUCUCCUACACGCGCUCUCAUCGGAAACGAGACGUGCUGAGUAAGAAAUAACCAGCGUGUCAGGCUCAGCAAACGUCGGUCGAAGGUAUGCUCUGGGCCAGAUGUGUAAGCUGCACUCCAGUUGCUAAGAGGUGCACUGAAGUCUUCCAUGAUUAAGACGUCGGACUGAAAAGAGAAUCUCUCCAGGUUCUCAAUCAGACGGGCGUCAGUGGUGGGAUCAUUUCUCGGCAGACAGUAGACCGUCAGGACGUCGAGGCCUGGUUAACCUGGUUCUUUUAAAGUUCGCCAACUUGCCUCAGAAGUACACGUAAAUUUAUCUGUUUUAUCUGAGACUAUAAGCCUAUGUUCUACAUACGUUAACAAGCCUCCUUCCUGACGUCCUGGCCUCUCUCUCUCCUAAGCAGCUGGUAUCCGAGUAUGGUUAACUCACGAUCGUCUACGUGUUGAUUUAACCAAGUUUCUGUCAGUGAGAUUUAAUCUGAGGAUAGAUCAGAUAGAUGGAUGUUUAGCCCUUCGACUUUCGAUAACAUGCUCUGCACAUUUGUAAAUAGGAGUUUCAGCCUGCGAUUUGUGGCCGUCAGAGAAGUGGUUUUGAUGCGUCUGGGACUUUCGUCUACUAUGUCAGCUGCGCGGUCAUCCGGAUAGGGCCCGUUCAAUGAAAUAAUGGAGGGCACUGUCGGACUUGGUUGCGUAGAUAACCAAAUUCCCUAAUCCUUCGCUGAGUCUCUUCCUCAGCUCUAAAACUAGAAAAUGACGUUUCAGCCUUUCUGAUGGCGAGUAAUCCAAUUGAAAAAAACGCCGGGGUUUGUGCCUUUUAUUCUAAAGCGCCAGGAGAUAAUUAACCCGGCUUGUUCCUUACAAGCCAGCACAAAUUUGAGAGGUUGGAAUAUGUGCGUGCUCGCUGAUUGUUCGUCUUCCUAGAUGGAUGGCUUUGAGUUACUCAGUUGCCUCAGUGGGUUCUACGAUGUUCUUGAGUAGGUCUUGGACAAGCGGUAGAUCUUCCGAAAGCCGCUCUUUGGGAGUGUUGGCGUAUGAUUAAGGGGUCCACUGUGUCAUGAGACAGUGCUUUCUGGCGAUUUCGCUCGUAAUUUUUUUGAUGUAUCGCUCUCAAGGGGGUGUGGUUCUCUAAGGGUAUUAGACGGCAACGCUCAGCGCGGUUUGAAUUUUGACUCGCAUGAAGGAACUUUUCAAGGAGUUUCUGUUCUCACAGAGCACGGCUGUCUCUCCACAAAAAAUGACUUGUAGAACACCUCACUGCCUUGUGCUCAUCGACAUAUUUAUCUUACGACCAGGACAACAUUUCCGCGAACCUCGUCUUCUGCUAGGAUUCGGUCUUGAUCUACAUCACCUACCGAACGGUUCUUAAAAUCCAAGUGAUUUGCUAUUCUGCCGAGCAUUGCAGACUAAGGCGGCGUUUUUGUGGACAUUCUGCAAAGCAGGUCUUAAUAAAAGUGGAAAAAGGUGAAGCUGGUGCAUUCUGGGACUGGCAACUUUACGAUGAAGUCGUUUGCUACAAUAGGAGCACUAGUGGAGAUAUUCCUGUGUGUGCUUUUUAUUUGAUUCGAAAAUAAAUGAAAAAAACACGCUACCUAGGCAGUAAUUUUUAGUAAGUGGAACUUCUGAAGAUGGUCGGAAAGACGUGCAUUCAAAAGUCGGCAUCCUGAAAUGAUUGAAAUAUCAUGGAGUUAUGUUGUAUGACAGUCAACCAUAUGUACACUUAAGUAAACAUUCCAGCGACGAUUAGAUAUGUUGGGACUAGUUUCGAUUAUUGGAAAAUAUCAACUUGCUUGGUUUAACCAGGCAUUUUAUUUUAAGGUAACGUUCCCGGUUAAGCUAAAAGAAAUGGCUGAAUUACGAAUUAAGACUAAGACCAAAUUUAAGGUUAAGUUAAAGAGUAGGGUUUAGGAUAAGGUUAUGGUUGAGACUAGUGUCAAAUUUGCCUGCCGCAUGCAGUUUCACCCAACUUGGCUCUCCUUAGCCAAUGGAUUAUUCGUUUACUGCUUGUUUAUACGCCCCUGAUUCGCAUCUCUCAAACUGCGCAGUGGGUUUCGCGCCUCAUUGGGAUAAUCAAAAAAACAGAAGUGGGAGUUUUCGCAAGGCCUUUGGCGGAAUUCGUUAAUUUCCGCGCACAUCUUCCCUACUGAUAAAAGUAAUAUCAGCAUCCACGCCGUAUUAGAGUGGGCUCCGUUCUCUAUGUUUUUCUGUGGGUUUACACUUUUAAUUCUCACCAACAUCUCUAGCCGAAAUAGCAUUUUUAAAUAUCAUUUUGUAUUUCGUAGGUUACGCCACCCAGUGCAGGGCCACCGUGAGAGAGAAACAUUGCUCGCUCGGAGACGGGGUCGAGUCGUCCUGUCAGUUGGCGACCUUUCAGGCCACGACGGUUGGUGUGUCGUUGCGGGUUCACAUAAGCCAGAUUAAUUAUAGUGAAGAAUGAGCUGAUGUGCCAUGAUAAUUUAACAACCUUGUAUUCAUUUCAAUUAGUAGAAUCUGCCAAACGGUAUAUAAAAUCAUGUUAGACCUUGCUUUAAAGAACCAUCACUCUUCUAUUUUUUCAAAGCUUGGGUUGGAGUGAUGUGGUCGGUUUCCGUGGUAUGAAGAUAUUCUCAUAAAUGUCAAAACUCUCCAUGAAAUACGUCAUAUGAUGUAGGCUACUUUCGAUUUUCUUGCCUAUAUAUGUGUCAAAAACAGGUCCCUCACCGAUUUCUUGUUGUAGCCUGGCAGCUAACUUUCAUUUGGACGGCAUCUUCGGGCUUUGCCAAUGGCGCGGCCUGAUAUUACGAUUGGUGGCUCCUAGUAUCGAAAAUGAUGCAUACAAAACAUCUUGUCGGCGUAGUAACUGAGACGGCAGAAAUCAAACAUAACCAGAGGCUUUAAGCACGUCAAUUUCCUCAGUGGGUUCCAAGAUAUUAUUGAUCAAGCCUUGAAAAAGCGUAAGAUUUUCCGAAACCCGCUCUUUAGGAGCGUUUGGCGUUUGAUUCUGGAAGCCCCUGAAUAAUGAGACUUUGCUCUCUAGCAAUAUCGCUCGUAUUUUUUGUUGAUAUAUCGCCCGGGGAGGGGGGUUUUUAUGCUCGAUGCCUGUUUUGACUGACUUGGAAAAAGCCGUUGUCACGAACGGUCUGCAGAUUCGAGAAGUGCCUCAAUAGCACUAAUCGUGCUGGGCCCAUCCGAUCCUAAUUUUUUUGGCGUUGUUAUUUUUAUACUUUCGCAACUAACUGUUAUGGACGAGGCUGUUGUCGAGGUCUCUGGUUCGGGUUCUGUGGAGAUAUCACCUAAAAGCGGUUGCCCAUUCUCAUUGGACUUUUACCACCGGGUUCCCUCUUUUCUAGGAUUUUCUGAUUCCCGCGUUGACCGCUGUCGGUUCGUUUUUUCGCUACUCUUUCCUGCGCAGUCGUGUCUGUUAAAAAAUAAAUUUUUGAGGAGCCUCUUAAGUGAGGUUCUGUUGUUUUACUCCCAGUUAUUCAUCCAUUGGAGACAUUCCUAUCGUCAGGUGUACCUAAAUCAUAUUGUGGAAGAGUCUUUAUCUGUUCGACCUAUUUUACGAGAUGGUUUACCAUGAGGGCUAACAGCUGCAAUUCACCACAAAUUCUAUUAGCGUGAGGUCCGACUGUACAAGCCGUAUAAUUUUGUAAGAGCCUUUAUAACCGUGUUGGUUAGGGCGACUGGUCUUGGCCAUCGAACGACUUUGCGAGGGUCGCGAGAUCGACUCCGCGUAGAGUCGGCACAUCCUAGGCAGCAGUGCACAUGUUCGUUGUGCUUUCUUAAGUUAUGCAAAAAGGGAAAUCUACGGGAACAAAUUUAAGAGUUAACUGCUGUAUAUUUGGUCUGCCGAAAUAUCUCUAGAGUGAAAGAACUGAAGGCCGAUUCAAUAACUAUCAGAUUUAAUAGGUGAUAAGGAACUGAAUAUAAAAAGCGCGAAAGGCGGAAGCACUUAAGAACAGCUUGAGACAGUGUUUUGGAACGGUAGGUGGUGUAGAUCAAAACAAAAUCGCCGCAGAAGAUGAAAUUUGCGGAAUACUUGUCCUGAUCGUAAGAUAAAUAUAUCGAUGAAUGCAAGGCAGUGAGGUUUUCUAUAAUUCAUUUUUUUCUGGAGAAAUAACCGUUUUCCGUGAGAAAAGAAACCGUUUAAAAAGUUCCUUUUUGAGAGUCGAAAUUCCAACCGCGUGGCGCGUCUCAAGCGAGAAUGAUGUAGGAUGGAUAAGGCUCUGGUCAUACGUCAAGCAAUAUCAAAAUCUGAGAGGGAGGAAACUCGCAUCAGUGGUAACAGCACCCAUUUCAGAGCUGUGAGCCAGUUGGACUAUUUGGGCCAUAAAAUCAAGCAGAACAGCGCAGUGGACGACGACGUUGUGUACCGGACCCCAAAAACAUGCUAGGUCUUCGGAUGGUUGCAAGCAUCCCCUUGAUCAUGACGGAUUAAAACUCAAUAUAAAAAACGAGAUUAGCAAAGCUGUCAUAAUGACUACGUUAUUGUAUGGAGCGGGGACCUGGGCAGUACGAAAAACAGGCGAAAAAACCCAAUCAUUUUCACCUCAGCUGUCUUCGCAGAAUACUAAAGCUGAGGUGGCUGGGCAGGAUCCUGGACACGGAGGUCGGAGAGCGGACCAGAAUCCUUAGCAUCCACGUCCUACUGAGACAACCCUGAUUGUACUUGAUCGGCAAUCUCGUAAGGAUGGAUGACGAGCGCCUAUCCAAGCAACUCUUCUACUACGACGUCGCUGCAAAUGUUCGCUGAUAAGAGAGACAAAAACGACGCUAAAGAGACACCCUGCAGACUUUCCUCAGAACCUAAAUUCAAUCGGAAGACCUGUAAGACCUCACAUAGGAUCGAAUGACCUGGAGAACAGCAGUAAAGAUUGGAGCAGCAAUUCCCGAGGCUGGCCAGAUCGCCGCGGCCAAAGGCAAACGAGCGACCUGCAAGUCUAACACGGAGACUGCCACCGAUGAUGAGGAAACACCCGAUGCUCAGCCACCGCCGCUGCCGACGCCCACCACCAACCCCACCAUCAAAUUCGCAACUCCCGCGUCGAUAAUAUCGAUGACUUCCACCACUCCCGCUUCCUUCACCUGCAAAAAUACUGCUAACGCUCCACCGCCCACCAUCGUAACCAUUACCACCACCGUCCCUACUAAAAACAAUAUGGGCUCGAUCCCAACCUGUCCCCGUUGCGGUCGUACCCUCAUAGCAUGCGUAGGCCGGGUCGGUCACUCGCGAAUCCAUCGCACUUAG